AUGCGUCGGGCAAGCAGCUGCGAGCGUCCCGACCCGGGUCGCGUACGCCGGGAAUGUGACCUUCGCAAGAGUGGAGAUCCUAGGGGCGUUGGUACCUGCGUGAUGUGCACGGUCUCCGCGGUGUACCGCCGUGUCAGACUUGUCGCAAGUUACUUUUCGUCUUUCGUGUCCUCGUCCUCCGCGCCACAGGAGAGCGAAGAAGGUGGCGGUAUGGUGAUGAAGGUGCUGAAGAGCGACCGCUACCAGAGCCGGGAGAUCGCCGAGGAGGCUCUGCACAACGAGGUCAAGGCGUGUGUCCAGCUCGAGCUUGCCAGCGUGCCGCGGACAGCGAUCGUGACGAAGCACACGACCAACCUCAGCAGCACCGCGGGGGGCUAUUUCGGCCGCAACGCCAUCUUCAAGGCAGACGCCGGACCGUGA